AUGGCGGCCAACAUAGGGGAUUCAACAGGACCAGCUGCCCCUCCAGAGCCCGAUUCCAGUGAAAAUGCUCCUCUGUUGCAAGGACAAGACGAUCAAAAUGAAAAUAUGGGACCUCCACCUCCAUUUGUUGCUAAUGCUCCCCCCAUCAUUCCUGGAAUGCCUCCGCCGGCUUAUUCAGAAAUGCCACCACCAUAUACCCCACCAAUGUCAAUGAACACUGAGCCAUCUGUGAUCUGCAGAGUUUGUCAACAGCUCAUAUACAUAAAAGGACGGGAACACCAGCGGGUUGUGAAGUGUGCCCACUGUCAAGAGGCUACGUCUGUCAUGUUAAAGUUGAGAUAUUAG